AUGGGCGUUACUACCAAACUUUCUAAAGUCCGACCCACCUCUACUCCAAACACCGGUUUCAGCAAGUGCUUCCCCUGCGGUAGCAGGGCUAAAGGCAAGAAAAGGCUGAAAAAGACCGAAGAACGCGACUUGACCCCCACCUACAGUAAACCUCCUCCACUCAAUACCCGCGCCGUCAUCGUCAACGAAGAGGUUACAGCUCCAGUUGCCAAAACACCAUCGAGAGUAAUCCGCACUGCAGGAGAAAACAAUUUUGCAAACAAAUCAAACGAUACCACAGAAGAGUCCAUCAACUUCCAAGUAACUGAGCCAGAUUCAGAAUCCGAAGUUGAACGCUCUGCAAACGCACGCAUCCCCACCUUUGGAUCCCUUCCGAUCAUCGACGAAAAUAGCAUCAGCAUCAUCCCACAAGACGCGCGACGUCAUUCUGCAAUCCCCGAUUUCCGUAAUCACAUUCCUGAAGCGAACUAUCACGAAGACCACUCUACACAAGUCUACAGUCGCCGUCAUUCGCUACCUACCUUACCCACUUAUCAUCUCCCCCUUCGUGCACAACCCUCGUUCGCAUCUAGCUUUGAGGGCUUUGACGCUUUUUUUACCCCCGACCAUAAACGCGCCAAAAAAGAAAACGACAGUAGCGAAGUAGGAGAAGAAGAAAUAAAGAAGGGUGACAAAGACGAAAGUAUGAGCUAUCGUCAUCACUCUUACAAUUCCCACCUUGACCCCAACGCUAGCAUGACAAGGCGGCCCGAGAUUAUGAUGGCCGGGCGGACUCGCCCAGGCCUCACAACGGUUGGCGGGGAUUCAGUUAGAACUGGCCGGUCUACAGUUGUUCCUUCUGUGGCCGCUCCAUCCAUGGUUGCCCCCUCUAUUUCUGCCCCAUCUACAUCCAUGGGUGCCUCGUCGUUAUCCAAGUCAAGAGUUCUGAAAACCUUGGCAAACCUUCCCGAUCAAGGCAUGGAUAGCGUUCGCACCAAUGCUACAACGACAGGGAUUACUCUAAACGGUAGUAAAGUUAAUCUUAAUCUUAAUAAGCCGUUGCCGAUGCCCCCAUCCCUGCCAUGGCGCAGACGUCUUUCCUCUGUCCUCAAUCCCCAGAAGAGCAGGGCAACCCUCAAUCCACGUGUCUCCCAGAGUCUUCUCGACGUCAGACAAUCGGCUGGACGUUCGGUUGAGAGUUUGAGGGAGUCUGUUGGAAGUGGCGGUAGUGCUAAGGCAUUGGGUACGUGGAAGUCUUUGAAUUGGACUCGCCCUCCGGCAGCAAGUUUGGUCUCGGAUCGCCCACCAAUUCUCCCGAUCUUGGAUUCAACUGAAUUCGGUGAUCUCUUGCUUGCUGCUGCUACUGUUGCUAGUUCUCGUCCAUCGACUCCGACGGGUAGUGGGGUGCAGAAUGAAAACCUCGCUACUCCAACAGUGCCUGUCAAGCUCCCAAUGACCCCGAACAGUGGCCAACGCCUUAUCCGUUCACCAGCCUGCAAAGAUCUCCACGUCAUCUCCUCCCAUGAGUGCUCCACAAUUAGCCUUGCCUCAAAGGGCCCUACAAAAGCUCAUAUUCGAACUCUAAGCUGGGUAUCAAGUAUUCACCCCGGCGGCGACCACAUUGAGGAUGCGAAGUCUACGCCGGAGAGCAAAAUUGAUACUACGCCUUCUAACACCACCGGUGACGAGGCUCCUGAUAUUACCGUUAGCGGAGUUGAGAAGGAGGGUUCAGUCGAUAACCUCUCGGAAAAAAAGAGUGUACGCCAGGAAGGGUUUCAGGGAAACUACAGAGAGUUCAUGGAUGAGUCUGUCGACCGCUAUGGUCGCAGCGGUAGAGGAGGAAGGAUGAAUAGAGAGCUGUCGGUCACUGACAGUAUGUCAUACAUCAUUGGAGAUCGAACCAGCAGGAUCGACCCGAGGGGGGAGCGCAUGCUCGAGAUUUGGGGAGAUGUCAAGGCGGGGGAGAGCACUGUUAUCGUUUAG